UCAGAGCGAUGGGUUCCGUUUGUUUCUUGCUGUUGCUGCUUAGCGGUAUUUUCAUCUUCACAGCUGCCUUAGAUGAACUGGAGAUUGAUCCGCAAGUGGCACCACCGCCAGUGGCAGGUCCGAGACACACUUUGUGGCGCAACCUUAUGGGGCAAGUGCGUCAGGCAUUGAAACGCUGGCAACCCACAGUCAGGACAAGCACCACCGUGCAUCCUCGCAUACAUUUGCGCAGCACCACCGAACCGCAGCUGGAAUAUUAUGGCGCCCUAAAUCCCAUUUAUCAAAUGAACAACUUUUGA